AUGUCUAUAGUUACCUUUGAAAAACCUGCACCAAACAUAUCAGAAUCUGAUUGGUAUUGCAAACUAACUAAAUUAAGAGGAUCUUGUCGCAAAAGCAGGCGUUGUGCAUUUAGAUUAGGUUAUGAAGCACAAAGAUUAAGGAAUGAGACAAACCAAACAACUUAUUGGAGUACAUGUCAUUCCAAUUUUCAUAUCGUUAAUAGACAAUUCGAAAUAAAAUGCUGGAAAACUAAAAUUGAAUUAAAGUUAAUCCGCUUACAAACAGAAAUUGAAGAAAUUAAAAUUGAAAAAAGAGAAAGUGAAAAAACUUUAGAAUUUCAAAACUUAAACUUUAAGGUUACUAACCAUUGCUUAGGUUUAAGAGAUGAAAGAAUUGGCGAAGAUUUAUGUAAUGAUAUUGCAUCUAUUGCACUAAAAAAUGAACAACUAUCUUUAGAAAAAUUGAAAACCUCGCUAGCUGAAAUAUGUCAAAAAUCUUGGGAACAGAUAAAUAAUUUAGAAGAAUUAGAAAUUAAUAUCAUCAGAGACAUAGAAAAUAAAAAUAAUACAAUAAAAAUAGAUAGUGAGUUGUUGAAAAUGACACAAAACUCAACAAAUAUUUCCCUUAAACCAAAUCCGCCUAGUAUUCCAAAAGAUAUCAAUACGUACGAAAACUGGCUCCAACAGUGUGAAAAAUUAAUGGAAAGAAUUGAAAAUGAGUUGUUGCGCUCAGAAAAAUUGCGUAACACUAUGUAUUUGUUACGACAUAGAACUAUAAGUGACAUGAUAGCUCUCAACGAAAAAGUUAAUUUUGGUCUCAGAAAACGGAUUCACAUUACAAAAAGGGCCGAGUAUGAAUUAGAAUGGCAAAAAGCGAAUAUGUUAUUAGAGAUGGAGACACUUGUAAAACAAAUUAAUAAACUCGAAAACGCUUUGGAUGCAAAAUUAAAUUCAAAAAUGUUAGUUGAGACACGGUGUGAAGGAAUACUGUAUAGAGAUGGAAUUGAAUUGUGUCUUGAUAAACCUACUAUUGGAUUGCAUAAGGAAAAUGAUCUACUAGAUGAUUCCAUAAAGAUGAUAAACGAAAAGCUAAAACAAACAAAGGCUAUGCAUAAUAUUCUUAUAGAACACUUGAAUCUUAUAGAACAGCAAUUGAGGAACAAGACUCAUGCGUUAAAUGUCGACCAGAAAUGUCUACAGUACAGAGAACAACUAGAAGACCCGAAUCGUAGUUUGUAG